CAUCGUCGUCGUCGCUGUCUCAUCACCAGCAGCAGCCGGCCUCGACCCCCAUGAGCGCCGCCGCCACCCCGGGCCAGGUCUCGACCCCCCAGCUCUACGGCGCCGCCGCCACUCCCACGGCCUCUGCCGCCUAUCCCGCCCGUGCUGUCGCUGGCUCCAAGCGCAAGAGCACGGCCCCGGGCAGUGCCGACGACGACGAUGGCGAAGCGUCUCCCGGGGCCAAGGGCGGCGCCGCGGGCCAGCGCAGCAAGCGCAGCCGGUACAUCUCAAUUGCCUGCAACGAGUGCAAGCGGCGCAAGAUAAAAUGCAACGGCGAGACGCCUUGUCAGCGCUGUGGCAACCUGAACCUGCAGUGCCUCUAUGCGCCCAACUGCUGUUCCUCCAGCGUCAAGGACUCGGACGAGUUCAAGCAGAUGGACCGCAGGGUCUCUGGGCUGCAGGACCAGGUCACCUCUCUCUUCAACAGCCUGGCUGCUCUGCGGUCAGAAACUGUCCGCCUUGCGCCGAUUCAGGAUAGGGUGUUGCCGCUGCCAUCAUCUGGAGGGACACCCACCAGCUCAAAUCCAGGCUCCAUGGUGCCGUCUCUGCAUCGACCAGAACUGCCGCCAUUCAGAGCCGCCGGGUUUCGUGGGCCGACGAGCACACACUUCAGUCUUGAUGUCGCCAAGAAGACGCUGCACAAGAUGGGUUACAGCAAUCUCGGCGACGGGAAUGACGAGAUGACUGGUAGUCAUGGCAGUCCGGGAAAGUCGCCUCACGCCAUGUCACAUACUUCGCCCGGGUUCCCGCAGCAGGGCCAGCAGCAGUUCUCUGGCACCUACUCGCAACAAGCACCCGCUUCGCAGUCAGCACAGCAACCGCCGCCGCAAGACCAGCCGCCACGGGACCCACUGUGGGAUUUUGAAAAGGACGAAAUUCUACGACUCUGUCGACUACACGAGGACGAGGUGGGCAUCAUGUAUCCCAUCAUCAAGAUUGACACUCUGAUCCAGCACGCGAAGAAUCUGGCCUCGUGGAUGGAGGCGUCACGGGAUAGUGGUUAUGUCCAACGAACAGAGCAGGAGCUGGCCUUUACCGAUGUCGACACCCUCGUGCUCAAAGUCAUUAUGGCCAUGGCGCUUUCGGUCGAGGAGCAUGGCAACAGUGAGAAAGGCGCCCGGCUCUUCGAGAGCGCACGGCCUUUUCUGGACAGGAUGCUGAUGAGUGACGCGAGCGACAUCAAGACACUGCCUCUGCUGGCGCUGUCUGCAGGCUACCGGUUCUUCAUGAACGAGGAGAUUCUUGCCUGGCGCGUCAUGGGACAAGUCGGCCGCCACUGCCUCGAACUCGGUCUGCACCGAAGGGACGCCAUUGACCGCCUCGAGACCGAGGACGCACGCGUCUAUGUUCUGCACACCUUUUGGACCGCCUACGUGCUAGACAGGCGAUGGUCGCUCGCCGCUGGCCUGCCCUGGUCGAUACCGGACGAGGAGAUCGACCCGCAGCUGCCGUAUCCCGACAAAUAUCCUUUCCUCAUGUCCAUGAUUGGCUAUUCGAAGCUCAGCGCGCGAGUGUGGAAACUUGUGCGGCAGUUUGACGGGCAGAUCGUCGCAGACCAGGUGCCCAUGGAGAUCAAAGACAUUGACCAGUCGAUCAAACAGUGGUAUACGAACCUGCCCAAGGAGACGCAGCUCGAGAUGUCGAACUGGGAAGCCCUCCCACCGUUUAUGAACCCGCAGCUCAGCGCUCCGAAGGAAUAUGACGUGCAGCGGUCGCAGAUCUGGACGUACCUGCGCCUGAACCAGCUGCGCAUCCUGCUCUACACCCCUAUCCUGCACACACACAGCUGCAUCAUGGAGAACUUGGGCGCUGCAGAACGUGUGGUGCGGCUAGCCAAGAACACGAUCCGGUACCUGUCUCACCUGCACAACACGACCAACAUCUAUCGCAAGAUGCAAGCGUUCUACCACCAGUUUCUGACGUCCGCCAUUGCCGUGUUAUUCCUGGCAUCGUGCCACGCGCCGGUCAACUUCAGCUCCUCGUGCCGCGAUGAGUUCUACAUGGCGCUUGAGCUCGUCAAGGACAUGUCGGCCAAGUCGUUUGUGUCGAAGCGGUUGUGGAGCACCAUCAAAUCUCUCAGAGAGGUUGCACCACGGCUGGGCCUGGCCGAGGACCCGCACUCGUCAGCGGCGCUGACGAUGGCAGGACUAGCUACUGGCCAUCACCACGCCCCAGCGCAGGAACCCCGAGGCCCUGUGUACGCAUCGCGGACGCCGGGCCCUGGCAGUGCGACGAACGGUGCGGGCACGGCGGCUGCAUCGCCUUUCCCAACAAGCACGAACGCGACGACACCGGGGAUGAUUGACAGCUUGCAGAACGGCCACCAGAUCUCGAGCGAGAUGUCCAAGAUCUUUGAAGGUUACAUUGGCACGACGAACGGGUUCACCCCACCGCCCGACCAGUCCGGGGCCAAUAGUGCCGGCAUGCAGCCUGACGACGGGAGCGGGGAGGGCGAGGUGGAUGCGUCGGGGCUUGUCGGGGCCAGUGUAUAUCAGCAUUUUAGGGACAUGUUCUAGGCUGGCACUCGGGUUGGUGAGGACUUGCAUGGUGGUUUCCAUUUCGGUUGGUUCUUUGUCAAGCAUAGCAUUAGGGGUUUAAUCAUAUCUAAUCCAUCUUACGUCGCACACCA